AUGUCAGGACCACUGGUUUGGAAUGAUGAACAAUUUACCAAGGCUGCUAUCGUCGAAACGCUUCGUAUGGUAUGUCACAGGAUUCAAACCAGUUCGGCUGGUUUCCACCACCAUGCCAUGAUAACCGUUGAAAAAUGGUACUCUGAAUAUUAUGGUAAAGCUCUCUGUAUCAUUGACAAGAAGCCAGAUGAGUCGAUGGAAGAUUAUGCUUAUAGUGAUGGUCCUAAGAGCGCAGUAGAGCCACGUACUGCAAUCGAUUAUUAUAAUGAAGGAAUCCCAAGUGAAGGAGAGAGCGGUAAUGAGGGUUCAACAGAUGAUGAGAUGUAG